AUGAGGAAACAGAGGCACUUGGAAGGUCUGGUUGCAACGGUGGCCCAGCUCAAGAAUGAGAAUCAGCGUAUUAUCCAAUCAAUCAAUAUCGCUAACCAACGUAUGAAGAAUUCUGAAAUUGAUAACUCAGUUCUGAGAGCAGAAAUGACUAAGUUGAGCUCUAGGCUUUGGAGCUUAAGAUUCUAUGAUGUGUUUUUGAGUUUCAGAGGGGAAGAUACGCCUGUUUCUUUCGUUUCACAUCUCUAUGCCUCUCUUCAAAAUGCUGGAAUCAUUGUUUUCAAGGAUGAUGAGUCACUUCCAAGGGGAGAUCACAUCUCAUACUCUCUGUUGCAAGCAAUUGAACAGUCUCGAGUUUUUGUUGUUGUCUUCUCUAGGAACUAUGCAGAGUCACAAUGGUGUCUGAAUGAGUUAGUGAGCAUAAUGCAGCGUCACAGAACCACAGGGCAUGUGGUACUUCCAGUGUUCUAUGGUGUUGAUCCUUCUGAGGUUCGACAUCAAACAGGCGAGUUUGGUAAAGCUUUUCAAAGCCUUUCGAACAGAACUUUUACAGAGGAAAGUGAGAAGCAGCGUUGGAUGGAGACACUUCGUGAAGCUGCCAGCAUCUCAGGGAUUGUAGUCCUAAAUUCCAGAAAUGAGAGUGAGGCUAUCAAAAGCAUUAUUGAAAAUGUUACACGUUUGUUAGACAAGACAGAGCUGUUCAUUGCUGAUAAUCCAGUGGGAGUAGAAUCUCGGGUGCAAGACACGAUUCAGCUGCUGGAUCUGAAAAGAUCAAACGAUGUUCUACUGCUAGGAAUGUGGGGAAUGGGAGGCAUUGGUAAAACAACCAUUGCAAAAGCCAUUUAUAACAAGAUUGGUCGUAAUUUUGAGGGAAGGAGCUUCCUUGCACAAAUUAGGGAAGUUUGGGGGAAAGACGGUGGCCAGGUCUGCUUGCAAGAACAAGUUUUGUUUGAUAUCAACAAAGAAACAAAAACAAAGAUACACAACGUUGAAUUUGGAAAAAAUAUAUUAAUGCAAAGGCUUCGCCAUAAAAGGGUACUUCUUAUACUUGAUGAUGUGAAUAACUUGCACCAAUUAAAUACUCUGUGUGGAAAUCGUGAAUGGUUUGGUUCAGGAAGUAGAAUCAUCAUCACAACCAGAGAUAUGCAUAUACUUAGAGGGAGUAGAGUUGACAAAUUAUACAUGAUGGAAAGGAUGGAUGAAAGCGAAUCUGUUGAGCUCUUUAGUUGGCAUGCAUUCAAGCAAGCAACUCUUGAGGUCCUUGGGUCCUAUUUGUUUGAUAUGAAGGUAACAGAGUGGAAGAGUGUACUGGAGAAACUCCAGAAAAUUCCAAAUGACGAAGUGCAGGAGAAGUUAAAAAUAAGCUAUGAUGGUCUAAGUGAUAAUACUGAGAAAGAAAUAUUUCUUGAUAUAGCUUGCUUCUUUAUUGGAAUGGACCGAAAUGAUGCCAUACAUAUAUUAAAUGGCUGUGGACUUUGUGCAGAAAAUGGAAUACGUGUCCUAAUAGAGCGAAGCCUUGUGACUGUAGAUCAUAACACGCUUGGUAUGCAUGAUUUGUUACGAGACAUGGGAAGAGAAAUCAUUCGUGGAAAAUCACCAAAGGAACCUGAAGAACGUAGCAGAUUAUGGUUUCAUGAGGACGUGCUUGAUGUACUAUCAAAAGAAACUGGAACAAAAGCUAUUGAGGGAUUGGCUUUGAAGUUACCAAGAACUAGCACAAAAUGUUUGAAUACUAAAGCUUUUAAGAAGAUGAAGAAACUUAGGUUACUGCAACUUGCUGGUGUAGAUCUUAUUGGGGAUUACAAAUAUCUUUCCAAAGAUCUGAGAUGGCUUUGUUGGCGUGAAUUUCCUUUAACAUCCUUUCCAGCAAACUUCUAUACAAGAAGUCUUGUUUCUGUUGAGUUAGAACACAGUAAUGUUACACAUGUCUGGAAAGAAGCCCAGGUGAUGGAGAAUCUGAAAAUUCUCAAUCUAAGUCAUUCUCACAGUUUAACUCAUAGUCCAGACUUUUCCAAUAUGCCUAAUCUCGAAAAGCUAGUUCUCGUAGGUUGUCCAAGGUUGUCAAAUGUUUCCCCAACCAUUGGACAUCUCGAUAAAGUUCUUCAAAUAAAUUUGCAAGAUUGUAUCAGUCUUCGUAACCUUCCAAGAAGUAUCUAUAAGUUGAAAUCUCUUAAAACACUCAUUCUUUCAGGCUGUCUAAUGAUUGAUAAGUUGGAAGAGGACAUAGAACAGAUGGAGUCUUUGACAACCCUUGUUGCUGAUAAGACUGCAAUCACAAAAAUUCCUUUUUCUAUUGUAAGAUCAAAAAGCAUUGCGUAUAUUUCUUUGUGUGGCUAUGAAGGGUUCUUACGAGAUGUGCUUCCAUCUAUCAUCUGGUCUUGGAUGUCUCCAACGAAUAGUCUUUCAUCCCAUAUGCAAAGAUUUGCGGGCAUUUCAUCUCUUGCUUCUUUAGAUGUGCCAAAUAACAGUUCCCAUCAUCUAGCAUCUAUUUCCAAGGACCUUCCAAAACUUCAAAGUCUUUGGGUAGAGUGUGGCUCUAAACUUCAAUUAUCUCAAGAUACGAAAAUUAUUUUAGAUGCUUUACAUGAUACAAAUUCAGGGGAAUCAGAAACAACUGCAACUACAUCACAAAUGUCAAAUAUCAAUGCUUUUACAUUAAUUGAAUGCAACAGUCAAGUUCACCUAUCAGGAUCAAAUAGAUCUCUUUUAAUUCAAAUGGGAAUGAGUUCUAAGGUCUCCUACAAUCUAAAAGAGAGCAUUUUACAGGUGGUUAUUGAAGUGUAUAAUAUUAUGUCAGUAUAA